CAUUACGCACGUCCACAUCGCCCGCCCCCCGCCGUUGGCUGCCGUGACGACGCAGCACCGCCCACGCGCCGCCCGCACCAGCUGCCCAGCCAGCCCAGCGCCUCCCCAUCCGCCUCCGUGUUUUAUAACCCCGCCUUCCGCUCGCAGCUCGCUCGCCACACUCAGUCCACCCGUUCCCACUCCCAGCCAGGGUUGCCCCGCCGCUUGCGGUUGCAGCUACCAGAGCCGAGACCGAGAGAGCCUGAGCUAGACACGCAGCCAGCAAGCGCCGAGUCAGCGAGUCCGACGACGCCAUGGACGCCGUCUCCUGCGCGGGCGUGGCGCCGCAGAGCGCGCUCCUGUCCCACACCCACUCCUUCGCCGACGCGGCCAUCGCGCGCGCGCUGCACUUCUCCCUCUCCGAUCACGCCGCCGCGGACCCGCCCGCCACGACGACGGCGGCGAUGCUGAUGCAAGGCGCCGUGGCAGCGACGGACUGUACCCCGACGAGCGCAGCGGCGUCGCCGUCCUCGUUCGCGCGGUGCCGGCUGGGCCCGGCGGGCGGGCACGCGGGGAAGCGGCGCCGGCCGCGGCCGUCCAAGCGCGCGCCCACCACGUACAUCAGCACCGACGCCGCCACCUUCCGCGCCAUGGUGCAGCGCGUCACCGGCGCCGACGAGGCCGACCUGCAGCCGCCGCAGCAGGACGGGCUCGGCCUCGGCCUCCUCCUGCCGCACCUCGGCGCCGAGCGGUUCCUACAGGCGGCGGGGCACGCGGCGCCGCACGUCGCUGCUGCACCGUACACGCCUGCCCCGCCCGCUGCGGCAGCCGAGCAGCAGCCGCUGUACCCGACUCUGGACUCGUGGAACGUGAUGCACGGGAAGAAGACCGAGGUGGUCUCAGCCCUGACUGGCCAAUGAAACUGUCCCGAUUGUUCCCCAUCCGUUCCAGGCAAGCCUGUACGUGCCUGCUCAGCAUUAGCAUCUACCGUCGAUGAUCUGAUCAGCAGACGAUCCCUUCUUUUCCAUAGCGGCGGAGAAGUUGUACAUCAUAUAUUCAUAUAUCAGUUGGGUGGCCUCGAUUCCUUGAGUGGUCUAGGGGAUGGAGUAGCAGAGUUGUGUUAAACAGAGAACCAGCAGUCAUGCACGCGUUCUACUGUCUCGCGGUCUGCAGUUGCAUCUGCUGAUAUGCACUUUGCAUGCUUUCCCGUG